UUCUUGGCCGGCUGUGCGCAGAGUUCCGGUUCGGGUGUUUAGAAGAAAACGAGCUAGUGUGAUCGGAGAUCGUUAACGGUGUUUCUGCUGGAGUUAAGACGUGGGCUGCGGCCAACAGUAACCCGGAAUAAAGAUCCGAAACGGAAACAACAAGUUGGAGUCAUUAGCAUCUCUUAGAAAAGGCAACAAAAGUGUGUUUUAUAGGUGUGGUGGCUUUUGUUGAGCCGUGGCGGUGCGACACGAACUAGUUUAGCCCAGCAGAAAGGCCCCGCGGCUGGCUGGACCCAGCUCGACACAGCAGCAGAGCGAGUCCACAUCCAGAAGGCUGGAGCCGUGUUUCACUGACAGGCUGUCAGACUAACGCCCUGAUGAGCUCAGCUGGGACAAACUGGUCUGAUGUUUAGGAACACAGAACGCUCAGAUGUUGGAGCUUCACGUCACCUACUGAGGAGCACCAGUAAAGAGACGGCGUCUGGACCAGACCACAUUUUUAACCGGACAGCCGGACCUAGGGCAAUACCCGACUCCCGUCGGGGCUCAAAGCGUCCUUUGACGUACUCACACUGGCAAACAGCUGUUUAUGAAAAGUUUUCUUUAACUCGUGAGAGCAGCGCACCGCACAGAAGCCGGCUCCUUCGCUCACGGGGAAAACGGCAGUACUGGUUUUUCAAAUUUAAGGAAGAAGGAAGAGCUCCUGAAGAACUGAGGCCUCCUUUGAACCAGAAGGACAUGGAGCCCCUCAACAUGAAGCAGGAAGAGGAGGAGCAGCUUGAUGAGAUUAAAACUGAUGCCACCAACAUUUCAUUCUCUGCAGUUUCUCAUCAGGUUAAGGAAGAAGGAAGAGAAGUUCUGUUGUCACAGUUUGAUCAGAACCAACCUAAAGACAGAGAUCUUCCAACCAGCAGCACCACUGACCAGAUGAAAGCAGAAAGUGGUAGAGAGGAUUAUGGAGGACCAGAAACUACCAGGAAUCCAGAUCUAAAUCUUUAUGAAUAUGAUUCUAACUCUUCAGAGACUGAAGUCAGCAAUGAUGAAGAUGAUGACCAGGAUGGCAACAAUUCUGACUGUCAGCUGAAACUCUUGUCAGAUUCUGAGCCAAACACCAAAGAUGAUAACAAAGACUGGAAGGAGAGCAGGUCUUCUAAAACACCUGUUAAGGCUGUCAAAUCUUUCAGCUGCCCAGAGUGUGGUGAACAGUUUCUCCAUGAGCGGUCUCUCCAGAAACACAUGAGAGUGACAAGUCAUACAGGACUGAAGUCUUCAAGCUGUUGUGUUGAUAAGAAACGUGUUAGAGUGAAGCAAAAUGUAGACUCUAGCAGGAAAGUUCAGACAAAACUAAAAUCAUUUAGUUGUGAUGACUGUGGAAAAAUUUUCAGCUGCAUAUCAUAUUUAAAUAUUCACAUGAGAGUUCACACAGGAGAGAAGCCUUUUGCUUGUGAGCUCUGUGAAAAAAGAUUUAGCCAAAAAACAAGUUGGAACAGUCACAUGAGAAUCCACACAGGACAGAAGCCUUUUGCUUGUGAGCUCUGUGGACAAAGAUUUACCCAAAAGGGAAAUUUAGACACUCACAUGAUAGUCCAUACAGGACAGAAGCCUUUUGCUUGUGAGCUCUGUGGACAAAAGUUUAGCCAAAAAACAAGUUUAAACAGUCACAUGGUAGUCCAUACAGGACAGAAGCCUUUUGCUUGUGAGCUCUGUGGACUAAGAUUUAGUGUAAAGUCAAGUUUAAACAGUCACAUGAGUGUCCAUACAAGACGGAAGCCUUUUGCUUGUGAGCUCUGUGGACAAAGAUUCACACUCAAGGGAAAUUUAGACAGACACAUGAGAGCCCAUACAGGACAGAAGCCUUUUUCUUGUGAGCUUUGUGGACAAAGAUUUACCCAAAAGGGAAAUUUAGACACUCACAUGAGAGUCCAUACAGGAGAAAGGCCUUUUGCUUGUGAGCUUUGUGGAAAAAAGUUUAGUCAUAAGACACAUUUUAACAGACACACUAGUGUCCACACAGGACAGAAGCCUUUUGCUUGUGAGCUCUGCGGACAAAGAUUUAGUGUAAAGUCAAGUUUAAACAGACACACGAGAGUCCACACAGGACAGAAACCUUUUGCCUGUGAGCUUUGUGGACAAAGGUUUACCCAAAAGGGACAUUUAAACAGACACACGAGAGUCCACACAGGACAGAAUUAAUAAACAUAAUUAAAAUAUACAUUUUGGGACUUCUAAGGGUGUUGCAUGAAAUGUGCUACUGAUCUGGAAGCUCUUUUAACUAAAAUGAAAGGCAGCAGUUUUAUUAAAUGUUGUGUUUUUGGAGAAGAAAAGGUUGAAAAUGAAAUGUUUGUUUGCCACUAAAGUGUUUUAUUAAAUCUCUUUGUUCACUAUUCAGUUUGUUGUUCGCUUUUUCUGGAGUUUAAACGUAAAUGCUGAUGUUUUGCAAAGUGAGAAGGCUCGCCAUUUAAGUCGCCAGAUUAAUCGAA